AUGGCUCCAAAAGGUAAAAAAGUGGCACCAGCACCAUUUGCUGCUAAAUCAGCCAAGACAGCUGAGUCUAAAAACCCAUUAAUUGAAUCUAGUCCUAAGAACUUUGGUCUUGGACAAUCGAUCCAACCAAAGAGAAACUUAUCUAGAUUUGUUAAAUGGC